GGACACCACCGGGCAGCUGGUUCUUUAAGGCUCCUUCCCGGAGGCGGGCCCAGCCCCCUGAGCGCCUGCUGUAGUACUCUGGGGCGGGGUCACGGUGGCGCCUUAGCCAAUGGGAGGGCGGGAUCGCUCUGCGUUUGGGUGUGGGGCGUGUCUUUCGGGUCGCUGGGCUUGAAACGCGUGGGACCGCCCCCUCGUCACUGGGGGUGGGGUUACGUGUAGGUGACGUGGCUGCUUCCAGUCUUCGGUCGGGUUUCGGCGGCUUCAGUGCUCGGGGAGGAGGCAGUGACGGCCGGUGAGAUUGGAAGUGGCGGCGGCGGCAGGCGGCAGAGGGGAGUCCGAGGUUAUGCGUCUCAAUGAUCCCGCGGAAACGCUACGGGUCUAAGAACACGGAUCAGGGUGUCUACCUGGGUCUCUCAAAGACACAGGUCCUGUCCCCUGCAACUGCUGGCAGUAGCAGCAGCGACAUCGCCCCUCUGCCCCCCCCAGUGACCCUCGUCCCUCCCCCUCCCGACACCAUGUCCUGCCGGGAUCGGACCCAGGAGUUUCUGUCUGCCUGCAAGUCGCUGCAGACCCGUCAGAAUGGAAUCCAGACAAAUAAGCCAGCUUUGCGUGCUGUCCGACAACGCAGUGAAUUCACCCUCAUGGCCAAGCACAUUGGGAAAGACCUUAGCAACACAUUUGCCAAGCUGGAGAAGCUGACAAUCUUGGCAAAGCGCAAGUCCCUCUUUGAUGAUAAAGCAGUGGAAAUUGAAGAGCUAACGUAUAUCAUCAAACAGGACAUCAAUAGCCUCAACAAACAAAUUGCUCAGCUCCAGGAUUUUGUGAGGGCCAAGGGCAGCCAGAGUGGCCGGCACCUGCAGACCCACUCCAACACCAUUGUGGUCUCCUUGCAGUCGAAACUGGCUUCUAUGUCCAAUGACUUCAAAUCGGUUUUAGAAGUGAGGACAGAGAACCUGAAGCAGCAGAGGAGCCGGAGAGAGCAGUUCUCCCGGGCACCUGUGUCAGCCCUGCCCCUUGCCCCUAACCACCUGGGCGGUGGUGCUGUGGUUUUGGGGGCAGAGUCCCAUGCCUCCAAGGAUGUCGCCAUCGACAUGAUGGACUCUCGGACCAGCCAGCAGCUGCAGCUCAUUGACGAGCAGGAUUCCUACAUCCAGAGUCGGGCAGACACCAUGCAGAACAUUGAGUCGACAAUUGUUGAGCUGGGCUCCAUCUUUCAGCAGUUGGCACACAUGGUUAAGGAACAGGAGGAAACCAUUCAGAGACAGAGUCUCACUCUGUUGCCCAGGCUGGAGUACAGUGGCGCGAUCUCGGCUUACUGCAAGCUCUGUCUCCUGGGUUCACACCAUUCUCCUGCCUCAGCCUCCUGAGUAGCUGGGACUACAGGCGCCCACCACCAUGCCCGGCUAAUUUUUUUUGUAUUUUUAGUAGAGACGGGGUUUCACCGUGUUAGCCAGGAUGGUCUCGAUCUCCUGACCUCGUGAUCCGCCUGCCUCGGCCUCCCAAAGUGCUAGGAUUACAGGCACGAGCCACCGCACCCGGCCUCACCUUCUUUUUUGAAGGAUGUUUUCUCUGGAUAUAGAAUUCUGGAUAUACAGUUGUUUUUUCUUUUUUUUAACUUUUUAUUUAUUUUUUCCUGAGACAGGGUCUCACUUUCUUGCCCAUGCUGGAGUGCAGUGGCACGAUCAUGGCUCACUGCAGCCUUGACCUCCCACCUCAGCCUCCUGAGUAGCUGGAGCUACAGGCAUACACCACCACACCAGGCUGAUUUUUUUUCUUUUCUUUUUUUUUUGGUAGAGACAGGGAUCUCACAUGUUGCCCAGGCAGGUCUCAAACUCCUGGGCUCAAGAAAUCUUCCCACCUUGACCUCCCAAUGUGCCUGGCUCAUACAGAUUUAUUCUUUUUUUUUUUUUUUUUUUUUCUGAGACAGAGUUUUGCUCUUGUUGCCCAGACUGGAGUGCAGUGGUGCGAUCUCGGCUCAUUGCAGUCUCCACUUCCUGGAUUCAAGUGAUUCUUGUGCCUCAGCUUACCGAGUAGCUGGGAUUACAGGCAACCACUAGCAUACCCAGCUAAUUUUUUUUUUUGUAUUUUUAGUAGAAAUGGGGUUUCACUAUGUUGGCCAGGCUGGUCUUGAACUCCUGACCUCAAGUGAUCCUCCCACGUCCGCCUCCCAAAAUGCUGGGAUCACAGGCAUGAGCCACAGCACCUGGCCCUAUCAUGUCUCUUUUUUUUUUUUUUUUUGAGAUGGAGUUUCACUCUUGUCACCCAGGCCAGCAUGCAGUGGUGCGAUCUUGGCUCACUGCAACCUCUGCCUCCUGGAUUCAAGUGAUUCUCCUGCCUCAGCCUCCUGAGUAGCUGGGAUUACAGGUGCCCGCCACCACGCCUGGCUAAUUUUUUGUAUUUUUAGGAGAGAUGGGGUUUUGCCAUGUUGGGCAGUCUGGUCUCGAACUACUGACCUCAGGUGAUCCGCCCACCACGUGAGCCACCACACCCAGCCUCUGAGUUUCUUUUAUGUGUAAAUUUGUCUUUAAAUUUAGGAAGUAUUUGGCUAUUAUUACUUUAAACAUUUUUCUGCCUCUUUCUGUCCUUACCAUCUGGAAAUAUAUACAUAUAUAUGUUUCCAGGUACAUGUCUUAUAUAAUAAGUUUAUAUUUAUUUUAUGUAUAUUUUCAGGUCAAUCUGCUGUUAAGCCCAUUUGGUGAAUUUUUUUAGAUAAUUUUCAGUUUCAAAUUUACACUUGGUUCUUUUUUAGAGAUUAUGUUUCUCUGCUGUGAUUUACUACCUUCUUAGUGAGUACAAGCAUAUUUUCCCUCAGUUAUAAUAGCUGCCUUAAAAUUUAAUUCUCAUCAUCUGGAUUAUCCUAGGGAUGGUGCCAUUCAUUGCCUUUUCUCUUCUGUAUGGGUCACAGUUCCCUGUUUCAUUGUAUAUCUACUAAUUGAGGAUUUUAUCGUACAUGUUAUUGAUAUGAAGAGUCUGGAUUAUGUUAUGUUUCUAUAAAGAAUGUUGACUUUUUUGUUUUCGCAGGCA